AGAGAGAGAGAGAGAGAGAGAGAGAGAGAGAGAGUAAUAGUAGUAGUAGUAGUAGUAGUGGUAGUACCUGUUGGACCAUCUGCGGGCUGCGGCCUCAGUCAACCAGCCGCGUCGCUCGGAGCACCUUCUCCCUCCCCGUGGAACCCGAAGGGAUAGAAGGAAUGGAUACCAAAUCAUCACAAAACGGACAUCCUGUGAUCAUUAAUGUUGCCAGCGAGAAAGGAAGUCUGGAGGAUUUGGAAAACGAAAAACAUGAGACACACGUACAAAUACAAGCCACAGAAGAAGGCAGUCCAAAGAAAAAAAAGAAAAUUAGUAAGGAUGGCGGUGAAGAGGAUAAGAACAAGCCUCUCCCAGUGCCCUUCUCAAGUUUAUUCAGAUACUCGAACAGUAAAGAAAGAUGUAUAAUGGCCAGUGGGGUGCUGGCCGCCAUGCUGUCAGGAGUGUGUCUGCCAGCCAUGUUCAUUCUCUUCGGUGACUUGACCAAUUCCUUCGUUUACCACGCCAUGCUCACCAACAUCACCAACGAGACGCUGCAGGAGUACAACGACAGUUUUGCAAACCUGCCAAUUGUAAUCAACGAAAAUACAACUGUGGAGGAUGUCAGAGACCAGCUGACCGAGUUCUUAGGCAUCGGUGAUUUCUUUGAGGGUGUUGUAAGGUUUGGAGUCGGGACAUUCCUCGUCGGCUUUGUCCAAAUGUUAAUGGGCUACAUCUUUGUGACCUCCAUGAACUAUGCUGCAGAGGGACAGGUAUUCAGACUACGUGGGAUGUUCUUGCGCAGCAUCUUGUCUCAGGAGAUUGCUUGGUUUGACACCCAUCAGACAAAUGACUUUGCCAGCCGUGUCACAGAAGAUUUGAACAAGCUGCAGGAAGGCAUUGGAGAAAAAGUGGGGAUGUUCAUAUUUUUCAUGACAACUUUUCUUGCAUCGUUAAUCAAUGCCUUUGUCCAUGGAUGGGAGCUCACCCUUAUCAUCCUGUCAGUCUUUCCUCUUCUAGGAAUCUCCACUGGACUUAUUGCAAAGGUUACAACAAGCUUGACUUCUGCAGAACUGCAAAAGUAUGGAAAAGCAGGAAGUAUUGCUGAGGAGGUUCUCUCUUCCAUCAGGACAGUACUUGCCUUUGGUGGAGAAGCAAAGGAAAUCAAAAGAUAUGAGGACAACUUGGUGUAUGCCAGAAAUGCUGGGGUGAAAAGAGGCUUGAUGACGGGCGUGGGUGUGGGUGUCAUGUGGUUGUUCAUCUAUGCUGCUUAUGCUCUCGCCUUCUGGUAUGGCACAGGUCUUAUUCUGGACUCCCGUGCAGGAAAUGGGGAUUACGACCCAUCAAAGCUCAUCAUUGUGUUCUUCAGUGUGUUGAUGGGGGCCAUGAAUGUGGGCCAGUCAGCACCGUACUGGGAAGCCUUCACUGUAGCACGAGGAGCAGCAGCCACCAUAUUCAGUAUUGUGGAGAGGAAGUCUGCUAUUGACCCAUCCAGCAAAGAAGGAAAGAUGCCUCACUCCAUCACAGGAACAAUUGAGCUGAGAGAUGUGCACUUCAGUUACCCUUCACGGCCAGAUGUUAAAGUUCUGCAAGGAGUGAGCCUGAAGGUGGAGCCAGGUCAGACUGUUGCCCUGGUGGGUUCCUCAGGUUGUGGCAAGUCUACAUGCAUCCAGCUCAUACAGCGUUUCUAUGACACAGCUUCAGGAGAUGUAAUGCUUGAUGGACAGCUUAUCCAAGAUUUGAAUAUUGGAUGGCUGAGGGACCAGAUUGGUGUGGUGGGACAGGAGCCAGUCCUCUUUGGCACCACUAUUGCUGAAAACAUCCGUUACGGCAGGGAUGGAGUCUCCAUGGCAGAAAUAGAGGCAGCAGCUAAAGAGGCAAAUGCACAUGACUUUAUAAUGAAGCUGCCUAAGAAAUAUGAGACUCAAGUAGGAGACAGAGGAGUGCAGAUGUCAGGUGGCCAGAAGCAGCGUGUUGCCAUUGCCAGAGCAUUGGUCAAACAGCCACGCAUCCUGCUGCUAGAUGAAGCUACCUCAGCCCUGGACAACCAGAGUGAAGCAAUAGUUCAGCAGGCACUUGAUAAGGUUCGUCGUGGUCGCACCACAGUUAUUGUAGCCCAUCGCCUCUCAACCAUUAGAAGUGCUGACAAAAUUGUAGCAUUCAACAAAGGGUUAGUGGCUGAGGUAGGAACCCACAAGGAACUCAUGAAACACAAGUCAUUUUACUACAACUUAGUCACUGCACAAAUCCCUCCAAGUGAACGAAAGUCUUCCAAGGCUGACAAGGAAGAUGUAGAGUCAGACAGCAGUGAUGAGGAGAAUGUCAUUAGUGUGGCUGAACUGAGUCAAGACAUCAUGGACGAUCUGGUCAGUAAGUCUCCUGUAGCUCUUGCCCGAACCUCCUCCACCAGGCAGUCUCUCCGCCGCCGCCGCACCUCCACCAAGGCCAGCAGGCACUCCAAGGAGACAGAGAAGGAAAAGGAGAAUCUUCCCACUGUGCCACUAUCUAGAAUCAUGAAGAUGAAUUCAACUGAGUGGCCAUACAUGCUGGCUGGGGCACUGGGCUCAGCCAUUCAGGGUACUAUUGUUCCCCUCUAUGCCAUCAUGUUUGGGGAAGUUCUUGGGUCGCUGUCAACAGCAGAUGAAGUAGAAGCCAGAAAACAAGGAGACUAUUAUGCAGUGCUCUUUCUCAUUAUUGGCCUCAUUGCAGCUGUGUCAAUGUUUGUCCAGGCAUACAUGUUUGCCCUUUCUGGAGAGACACUGACAUCACGGAUGCGUAAACUCACCUUUGCCGCCAUGUUAAGGCAGGAGGUGGGAUGGUUUGAUGAGGAGAAAAAUUCUGUUGGUGCCUUGUGUUCCCGUCUCUCAGGGGAUGCUGCCUCUGUCCAGGGGGCCACAGGGUCAAGGAUUGGUACAAUAAUACAGGCCCUCACUACUCUGGGUGUCAGCAUCUGCCUGGCUCUCUACUAUGACUGGAGGCUUGGGCUCAUCUCUUUCCCCUUCAUACCUUUUGUCCUCAUUGCUGUGUACCUUCAAAGCAAGAUCCUGAUGGGCCAGAGUGUCACAGAAUCUGAGUCCUUACAAGAUGCAGGAAAGCUUGCCAUUGAGUGUAUCACAAACAUCCGCACAGUGGCCAGUCUUCAUAAAGAGCAGUAUUUUGCUGAUGAAUAUUCUGCUGCUUUGCUCAAACCUCACCUACAAGCCCUGAAGAAAUCACACCUGAGAGGUAUUGCCUUUGGAUUUGCUCAAGCUGUCCCAUUCUUUGCUUACGCCACAACCAUGCUGUAUGGAGGUCACCUGGUUGAUGUUGGUCAAAUAUCGUAUGAAGAUGUUUUCAAGGUAGCUGAAGCUCUCAUCCUGGGGACCAUGAUGGUGGGACAGGCUGUGGCAUUUGCUCCCAAUUACAGCAAAGCCCGCGUUGCAGCCUCGCAGAUCUUUCAUCUCCUGGACCGCCACCCACAAAUCGAUUCUUCUGCUGGAACUGGCCUGCGUUUGAGUGGAGACAUCAGCACUAUAGAGCUGCAGGGUGUCCACUUUGUGUAUCCAACUCGGCCAGACACCACCAUUCUGCAGGGUCUAGGGGUGCGGGUGGACCGAGGCAAAACCCUUGCACUGGUGGGCUCCUCUGGUUGUGGCAAGUCCACCAUUAUCAGCCUCCUUGAGAGGUUUUAUAAUGCCCAAAAAGGGACAGUGACCAUUAAUGGUCAAGACAUUGAGGCUCUCAAUGUGGGAUGGGUACGGCAGCAACUGGGUUUGGUGUCCCAAGAACCCGUGCUCUUUGAUCUUACCAUUGAAGAAAACAUAGCCUAUGGAGACAACACCAGGAGGGUAGAACAUCAUGAAGUAGUUGCAGCAGCCAAGAAGGCAAACAUUCAUGCUUUCAUAGAAUCUCUUCCUGAUAAAUACAACACCAAAGUUGGUGCUAAGGGUACCCAGCUGUCAGGUGGACAGAAGCAGCGUGUGGCCAUAGCUCGGGCACUGGUGAGGAACCCCAGUGUGCUGCUGUUGGAUGAAGCCACCUCUGCCCUGGAUACUGAGAGUGAAAAAGUGGUGCAGGAGGCCCUGGAGCAAGCACAGGCAGGUCGCACCAGUAUUGUCAUUGCCCACCGGCUGUCCACCAUCCAAGGAGCAGACACCAUUGCUGUGAUACAGGCUGGCCAGGUGGUGGAAGUUGGCACUCACUCCGAACUCAUGGAGAAGAAGGGCCACUAUUAUUCCCUUUACCAGACCAAUCACUGACAGCCUAUUGAUUGGCUUUGCUGUCAAAGUUCUUUUUUUUUUAUGUAACCACUUACCACAUAUCAACUGCAUUAAAUAUUUUUAUAGAUGGUGGAACAUUUAUUUUUACUAGGAGUUUUAAAUUAUUCAGAAAUGUGUGUGUGUGUGUGUGUGUGUGUGUUGUCUCAGCUACUUCCUUUGUUGGGAUGUUUGCUUGUUAAGUCAUAUGUACAGUGGAUCCCUGGCUUUCCAAACUUACAGGCUAACCAUAGCACUAGCAACUGCAGCUGAAGUGUUCAUUGACAUCAAUUGAACGCAUUUGAUUUUGGUCGUGUGCACCUCUGGUGGUGCUGUAUAUUCACAUCACACAUGAUAUAUAUAUAUAUAUAUAUAUAUAUAUAUAUAUAUAUAUAUAUAUAUAUAUAUAUAUAUAUAUAUAUAUAUAUAUAUAUAUAUAUAUAUAUAUGUGUGUGUGUGUGUGUGUGUGUGUGUGUGUGUGUUGUAUGAAAUGAAUUAAUUUAAGUAUCAUUUUUUUUUCUAUUAUUAACUUCACCUUUAGUCUCACAGUUGGAUGCAGCUUUUUAGAAGAUACUUCACUACACAAAAUUAAAUUUAUACUGUAUAGCUUCUGAAAAUUGACUAUGAAAAAAACAGAAUAAUUGUGUG